UCUUGGUAUUCAAAGAUGUCUAAUCAGCGUGCGCAGUAGAUUCUACAGCUGACUUUUCACAUAAAUGACCUCGUAUGACAAGUUUGUCACAGACAUUGUGGAACAACUCUAUUGUUAAGUAUGUUGUAUGUUGCUCUGGCAACCCUUCUCUUUGCAGGUUCCAAUGCUGCCCUCCAGUUUGCCUCCUACUACCAGGACCAUAUGGUUCUACAGAGAGGUCCUCAACAGGCUGUCAUAUGGGGACAUGCCACAAACAUAGGGGACACUGUCACAGUUGCCAUUGCUGGUCACGGCUCCGUCACGGGUACGGUCACCAAAGAUGCUGCAGGACAUGGAACAUGGAAGGUGAAGCUUCCGGCUAUGACAGUCAAGGGUCCUUACACCGUGUCUGCCAAAUCAAGUGAGGGGACAGUGACGAUCAAGGAUGUCCUUUUCGGGGAUGUUUGGCUUUGUGGAGGACAAAGUAAUAUGGGUUUUCCAGCUGGACAUGUACUAAAUGCGACUGCUGAAUUAGAAGCAUCACUAAAGUAUGUCGACAUCAGGGUCAUGCGAGUACGAGACGUUCAGUCGACAUCGCCUCUCACAGAAUUUCAAGCAAAUGGAAUAUAUACAAAGUGGACACAACCAACAAAAGUCGCUAUCAACUCAUUCUCUGCUGUCUGCUGGUUCUUCGGCGAGUAUCUAUACCCCGAGAGAAAGUAUCCUAUUGGUUUGAUCGAGUCACAGUGGGGAGGAACGCCUAUCGAAGCCUGGUCUUCUCCAGAUGCACUAUCAGCUUGUUCUCAUCAUACAAAACGAGGCCCACAUGCAGCCUCUGUUCUCUGGAAUCCAAUGAUCAACCCUCUCCUUGACGUUACCAUAUAUGGAGCCAUCUGGUACCAAGGUGAAGCUAAUGCCGGCAACGCUGACAAGUAUUCAUGCCAGUUCAAGGCAAUGAUCAACGACUGGCGACAGAAGUUCCAUAAGGCCUCAAUGGGAGAAACAAGCGCUACCUUCCCAUUUGGGUUCGUCCAGCUGGCUGGUAAUCAUCACAGUACUACAUCUGUCGGAGGUUUCCCUGGACUAAGAUGGGCCCAGACGGCUAACCACGGCACCGUUCCUAAUCAGGAUUUGCAGAACGUCUUCAUGGCGGUUGCUAUGGAUCUUCCAGACUACCAUUCGCCAUACGGAACCAUCCAUCCCCGGUACAAGCAAGAUGUUGCUAGAAGACUGGUCCAGGCCGCACGAGGGGUGGCUUACAAGGACGCCGGAGUAAUGUACCAGGGUCCGUUUCCUAAGACUGUAGCAGACAAUAGAGAACGUCACACAAUGAGCGUCAUGUACAACUAUGGUCCCAUAAUGGUCAACUCGAACAAUGGAUUUGAGGUAUGUUGCUCAACUGCUGCAAAGUGUGGUACUCACGAUGCUUGGGUUGCGGCACCGAUCCAUUCCCACCAAGCCAAUGAAGUAGUCCUCUCUACCACAGCAUGUACUCACAAUGUAGUUGGUUUGCGAUACGCCUGGAGAGAGAGCCCUUGUGACUACAAGAAGUGCGCCAUAUAUGGGAAGGAUACGUCACUUCCGGCUCCCCCAUUCAUUCAUACAGAGAAUUUCGGAGCUGGGAUUAUAAUUGGUUAAUAAAUCUGAUAAUGAUUGAAA